UUGUGGAGGUCAUUCCAAAUUAGCAAAUUGUUGCUUCUGUAUGCACUCUUUGCGAACAUGUGCAGUGCGUUUUGGGUGAGUUUUCAGCAGAAACUUAAAAAAAAUUUCUACCUAAAUCAUUAAUUGGGACCGAGCUCACCUGCAAGUGUACAUGUGGAUUCAUACACGUGAGCAUUUCUUUCAGAUCGAGAAAAAUCCGAAGACGCAUUUCUGGAGACUUCCCGCAACGGUUCUUUCAUACAAGCCGUCAAAUUCAGACACACGCGGCAUACGUAUACAUUCACUUGGGCAGACAAGCGAUUGCAAAUUUGAGCGUUUAGCAGUGUUGUCGCAAGGCAUGUGCGUGUGCAAAGUUUGCGGGAGAGAGACAGAGAACUGGGUAUAGUGCGAUGGGUGUGAUCUCUGGUAUCACUUUGAGCGCGUUGGUGUAGACUAGAGCAUACAGAAGCGGAAUUGGAACUGCUCCCUUUGUACCGAAGGUGGCGAUAGUGCCAACGUUCUUUGUACUCCUGAAGAUUUAAUGUCAUAAACACCUACAGCCACGACCACCACACCUCACGAAGUGCCACGUGGUCCAGUCCCACCGGCCGAAGCAGAUGAGAUCGGCGAUGACCAUCGAAGCGAUCCUAUGAGGUUCAAACUGGAUGAACGUGCUCCAACGCAAGUUGCGUUUAACUCGUCACCAACCAGCGACGAAACAAACCGUCAACAUCGACUCGAGUUGGCAAUGUUAGAGGAGAAAAGAGCCGCGGAGGAGCGCUACAUCGAACAAAAGUUCCGACUACUUGCCAAUAUGAACUCGGCAGACCGGAGUACAUCUUAGAGAGAACGAUUGAAAGGGUAAGGAAGUUGCCACCGCCUAAAGACAAACUGGAAUCUCUCAUAGAAUUCUCGUUGGCCGUACGCAAUAUCUGCGCCACAAUGGAGACACGUAAGCUGGAGGCGCAUUACCAGGAGCUGGUAGACAAAUUGCCCAAUCAGAGCAUGAAUCACGUAUGACGACAAUCGUUUGGACGAUAUCGUAUUGAAAUUGUCUUGCAUCAUGAAAACAUAAAUUGAUAGUUUAAGCAAUAUCGUCAACUCGUUUCCAAUUUGGCAACGACUAUCGUUUCAAAGUUACGUGAUUCAUGCCCAGCAUAAAUUGGACUGGGCGAUGCAUCUGCGGCGAGGCACUGCACCAACCAUUAAAGAAUUCAGCGACUGGCUCUAUCGAAUGGCGGAGGCGGCCUCUACGGUUGAUCACCCGCGUUCUACAAAACCAGCUCAGUCAACACGCAUAGCCAAGGUGAGUGCACUCCGUCGAGAAUCCCUCCUCCAAAGAAACAUGACAUUCCACAAAGAGACAACCGUUCCCAAGGACCAUCUUGUGAAUCGUUGGACAUGCAACCCAAGCGUUCGACAACGAAAUGCAUCACGUGCGGUGCAGUUGAACAUUGCGCUGCACAGUGUGGAAAAUUCCAUAGCUUGUCCGAACAGCAGAGGUGGGAAACAGUAAAAAAAAGGUGGAGCGUGUUAUCGAUGCCUUAAACCCCAUCGCAAAGGGUGCUUCUUGAAAAAUAGUUGCGGCAUAAAUGGCUGCCCUCGAAAGCAUCAUCCAUUACUCCACAGCGAAGGUACCGAAACCCCCGCCGACGCGGAAACGGACCAAGCCCACGUGAGCACGCACCGAAGUAACAACUCCAGUAGCCAAUAUUUCCGCAUCAUGCCCGUGAACCUUCAUACAGCCAGCAAAACCAUUAAGAUUUACGCGUUUCUUGACGAAGGGUCUUUCGUGUCUCUCAUUGACGAAGCGGCGUUCGAAAAACUCGAUAUCAAAGGAGUACCCACACCUAUAUGUUUGCAGUGGACCAGUGAAACUACACGCAACGAAAGUGCAUCCGUAAGGGCAUUAAUACAGAUCUCGGCUCCAAAUACCGGCAAAUUGUACUGGCUCAACAACGUACAUACUAUAAAAAAUAUCGCUCUACCUAAGCAAGCGAUUAACGCAAGUGAACGUCGUAGUAAAUAUCCGUAUUUAAAAGACAUACCACUGCAGUCAUAUUACGAAGUUCAGCCAACUCUACUUAUUGGGGCCGACAACUGGAAGAUUGCUGUUCCACGCAGAACUCGUAAAGGCAGAAGGGACGAACCCAUCGUUUCUAAAUGUUUACUUGGGUGGAGCAUACAAGGUACAUCGACCGCAUCGAGUUACGUGACUAUGCACCACUGCGACUGUAGAUGGCAAGAGCUGCAUGAUAUAGUAAAAGAUAGCUUUAGCCUUUAUCCCGUAAAAAUUCACAACGUACAGUCAGCCGACGACCAGCAAGCGAUCGAAAUUCUCGACCGGACAUGCAUCAAGGCGAAUGGCGGAUUUGCAGUCGGCCUUUUAUGGCGCAACAGUAAUGACACGCUACCAGAAAGUUACACCAACGCGCUCAAUCGCCUUCACUGUCUGAAAGCUAAAAUCAAGCGAGAGCCAGAUUCGUACGACAAAUUUUCUGUGCAAAUUCGUAACCUAUUGCAAAAGGGUUAUGCGGUCGAGCUAUCGGAGACGGAGAUUACCAACCAGAACAAGCACCCUUGGUACUUGCCAAUUUUCAUAACGCUGAAUCCCAAUAAGCCAAAAAAAUAAGGCGAAAUCUCACGGAGUCUGUUUAAACGACUUUUUGCUUACUGGACCAGAUCUCUGGAAUCCACUUAUCGAGAUUCGGCUUGCGUUCCGGGUUAGCCAGGUGGCGACCUGCCGGGACAUCGCGGAAAU